GAUACAGGAGCGACUUGGACGUUUGAAGACUCACCAAAUCAGAUAUCACCGAUUCGAUUGGAGGAUCGUUAUCGGAGAGAUUGGAGCUCAUGGGGCUACUUUAUAAGUCUUGCGAGGCUCUGAGAGAUAAGGAGAAGCAGUUUCAUUGCAUCUCAGAGAUGUUUGUCCUCGUAGUUGAGACGCUCGUGAACACGAUAACGGACAAGAGUGAGGCUACGGAGGUGUGGUUCCUCUUUGGACAAGUAUCCCAAAUCCUGUUUUUGUUGCGGGAGACGCUGCAGGCGGCGCCUCUUUCCGACCUUCUUCAUUCGCUCGACGAUCGACUGCUUCAGAAGCUUGUGUGCGGUGUUCUGGCGAUUACAAGACUUGGGUUUGUCAACAUUCUUCAUCAGGACCGGCUUGUGGAUGAUGAUAUCAAACUUUCAUACUCGGAUCUCCUGAAGAAUCGACCACAUCUGGAGCAGUUCAACUUGGUCUUGGUCCGCGUAUGGCUCGUCCUGCUACUGCUGCUUCCUGGGUGGAUCCAGGAAGGAUUGACUUCAGGGUCUGACAAUACAGAUCGCACGAUGUCGGAACUCUUGCCGUUAAAUAUGGCGCCCUUGGACCUGAAGGCCAUGGACUUGGACUUUGAAACAACGCAGCGCGUGCUCUCCCAACCUUUGACCACGAACUCUUCAACAGCUCUUGGCCUCUAUACCUGUCCGUCGCAGGAACUGUACAUGGAGCUCAUUGCACAGGUCCACGACGACUUUGGUGUACGAGAGAUCUGCGGAAUCGACGAUAAUCAGCUCAUCAAACUAGCGCUCAAAGUCUCAUCUCCAAUGCAAGGGGCGUUCUACCGGAAAGAGGAAAACCAGUGUUACUACUGCUUUUAUGGCAUAUCACUCAGCGUAGAUGGCCAAUAUCCUAUCGAGCAUUCCUCAGAGCCCGUGGAUUUUGACAAGAAAGCAGCAACAGAGUUUUUCCCCUUGCUCGAGCGAUCGUUAUCUGAUAGAGUAUUGCGAGGACAAGUUAGGGGUGACCUCAAGGAUGCAGUGGAUCGUGUUGAAGAGGCAUUAGGAUCUCCACCAUAUGAGAGCAACUCUAUUCUAGAGUUGAAUCGCCAACUUAUCGACGCCUAUCUUGCGUCGGAAAUCAACUUUGCAGAAGCCAUUCAAGUCAACUCAAAGAAUCAUCUGCCCACUAUGUUGCAGCCGCCUUCAAGCAAACUCCCUUCAGUUUACAGGAGAAUUUACGCUAUCCAAGGCAAAAUAUUUCUCGCCCAGUUCCGGAACAAGGCGAAAAACAACCAAUUCAAGCCUCUCGAGGAUCUGCAGCACGCGAUCGACCAGUUCGGGACUGACAUCCACGUGAACCCCGACAGCUGGGACUCGUGGUACUCCCUUGCGACCUGCUAUGCGUUUCUGGCGGACGAAAAUCUGGUCUUCAGUGCCUCGGAUAUCAAGAACAACUUUUCAAAGAUUACAGACCUGCAAAAGAGGGCGUUCCAUUGUUUCUCACAGGCGGUCAAGUUGACCCCGAAGAGGUGUAGUCGGAGCAGCAAUAAUGACAUAUCUGCCGGAGAGCAUGAGAACCAGCGCACGAAUAACACCAGUCUGUCAUGGGAUGAGCCUAGCCAAGAACGCGACAUUGACGAGCGAGUUGAUUUGGAGGACUGUGAGCCGCGAGGGAGUACAGAUCUAGGCGAGCAACAGCACCACACAGGGAUGAGCAAAAAUUCGGACCACGAAUGGUAUCAGCAGCAAGCGGCGUUUUGGUUUGAUUUUGGCUAUCUCAUUCAUGGCAUCAUGUCGAAGCCGAUGCGGAUGGAGGCUAUGCGUCGUACAGAAGGACUGGAGGCCAUGUCGGACACAGGCGAUCUAGUAACGAUCUCUAUCCCAGAACCGACUGAGGAGCAGGUGUACAAGUUUGCGGCAUUUUGCUUCAAGCGCUCGCUCAUGCUAAACGACCAGAACUGGCGGACGCCGCUUAUGCUCGGAAAGUGCAUUGAGAAGCUAGCUGGGAAGCCAAGCCAGGUGCUGACUCUAUACAAGAUUGCAGCGGAUAAAGUUCCCCAUCGGUCUGGUCAGCCAGGCAACGAAAAGAUCUUUGAGGCAGCGUACAAGGUUAUAUCAACAUUAUCAAAAUACUUAUCAGAAGACAGGAUUAAGCCCUCCAUUGUCGAGUCGCUAAUGACCAAAACACUGGCGAAAUCCAAGUUGAGUGCUGCCGAAGGAGAGUCAUUCAUAUUUGAUCCACCAGAAGAAUACCUUCAAGUGAUCCAAUCCGACCCACCUACAGAAGAGGACUUUCAGAAAAAGCACAAGCUGCAUGCAUUUCGAUUACUUUGUGAGGGUCUCGCAAGAAUCCGGCAUACCGACAAGCGACACUGGCACCACCGUCCUGUCUUCAGACAAGCAUGGAUUCUGUAUCAUAUAUACCACGAUGUUGAGCGCGCCAAGGCCGAGAUGCUGAGUCUUUUCCAGAUCAAAAGCAAUCUCAAGACUCUGGUGAGCUCUGUCUGGAAGCCGGAGUUUGAGCGCAGCGGGAAACAUUUUAUCUAUGUUGGGGAAUAUACAAAGUUCCUCAUCGUGCUCGCUAAGGAGACGAGCGACGUGGAGACUCUGAACAGCCUUGCAAGGAAGAUACGGCGUGCACACGGUUUAUUACUGGAUCUGAAGGAGAUAUGGGAGCUUCUUUAUGACUCGUACAUGUCAGUUCUUGCUGAUCUCGUUGGACCAGAUCCAGUGCUCGCUGUCGCCGAAGUGAUUCCGAGAACCGAGUUUCGAGAGAAGGCUGCCAUCUACGAAGCCAAGAUGUUUGAACAGGCGGCCACGCUUCCCGGAUUGGCGGUCUUGCAGCGGCUAUGCGAGUUGAAAAAGCUGAACGACAGGAUGGCACCAGAGGGCCAGAUGGCUCAUCUGCUGGCUGUAUGCUACAGCAAGUUAUUUAUCGAAGUUGGAGGCGCUGAUUUGUACCCAAAGGAGCUGGUUCGUCAACUUUCUAGCAACUCAGAGCCCCAUGUAACGUCGAGGUAUGGGCAGGCAGAAUCAGGAGAGAAGCUGAUGGAAGAGGGUGAUCCUGCUGUAGAAGCCCAAGAUGAGUCCGCAACAUCUGCCAAGAGCGCACUGACCACGGAUGAGGAGAACGAUCAAGAUAGCAUGCGACUCAAGAUAGAACGGCUGACAACGGAAGGUCAAGCAGACACAGAUACUGCCUCUCCCACCCAUCCCGUCCAAGCAGUGGACAUCCCUCUACCUUCGAUCCUCAUUGAUGGCCAGGAGGCCUUGGAAACCGAUCAAGGCAGUAGUGAAAGCCGUCGCGAGGCUUCGGACUAUUCCAUCGGCAACAUUACGAUGGAUAUUCCCUCUAGUUUAGAUGCGCCCUCAUCACCAGCACUCUCUGCCCAUGCUAAGGAAGGCGAUGGUGCUUCUACUAUAGACGUUGAGCCCGAUAUAGAGGAUUGGAGAACUCGAAAAAAGAUCAGCGCAGCCGAGCUGGCCUCCAGGGCCACUGUCAUGUGCAAAGCACCCCCUCCUUCGCUCAAGGCGCCUCAGACACUUCAGAGCAAACUUGCGGGGCCCGAUAGCCUGCCCUCUCAAGACGAGGCGUCAGCAACUGGCGUUCCCAGUGAGGAAUCGAGAGCUGACACUGUCAUGGCAUCAGCAGAUAAAGCCGUCGACGAGGGCUCGAAUCAUGAUCAUGAUCAGGAUCAGGAUCAGGAUCAGGAUCCUUCUGCAGAUGUAAAGACAACAGAGAGCACCCUGACAACAGAGCCAGCUUCUGAAAAGAUAGCUCGGCCUCUGCAACCAGCUGAUCCGAGCGCACAAUCAUCCAAAAAUAAGGACGACUCCGGUCAGGAAGAUACAGAUGUAGGGAAAAUGCCGUAUUCACAGAGGAUAGAGGGUGAUGAGAGUCCUGAUGGGGGCAGAACAUCGAGAACGCCGUCAAAACGGGUCAGUAGUCGCCGCAACUCAAAAAAUGAGGAGGAUGCAACGAUGUCCUAAAGCAGGUACAGUGCAUGCCUCAGGUUGUACUUUUAGCAAAAUAAAUCUAAUUCUCUUGUCAUGAUUGCGAGAGGAACCAAGGAUGCGAUUGAGUGCUGCAUUGGGCCAGGGCACCGGUUUUCUUUGGAGUCUGAGAUCUGAGUGGUCCAAUGCUACCUUCUUAAAUCCGUUUCAAAGGAUGAGACUUCCCACGCCACCAAUUUUCCUCGCCUCAUUUUACCCCGGAGAUGUUGAGCAAGCUAGCAAGU